UGAAGAAGGCGAUUAGUAGCGCGCCAGAGAUCACCCGCAGGUUGCCAUGGCAGCGCUUUGAAGCGCAUGGUGGAAGCACAAUUUGGAGAACAUAAAGUGGGCAAAUGUCUUAAAGCCACGUGGACCCGGUCCGGAAUCAUAAUUUGGGGUUAAUUCACUUUUUGGUCACCCAAAACAUUUUAAUUAAAGAAACAAUUAGCAAUAAAUUAUGAAUAAAUGUACGCCGACAAUUACAUAAUAAAUUUACGCACAAAAUAAGCUUAAAGAAGGUGAGUAUUGUUCAAAUAAAAAAUAAUAUAAAUAAUUCUCAAAACAAUUUACACUCACGUGUCUCCCUGUAUUUGAUUUUUAACGAAAUAUUUUAUGAAAAUGUAAUCAUUUUAAACGAAUUUGACUGUUUUGCGCAUGUCCAACUGAUUCCUUUCUUUUGCGCGUCAGUUUGUGCACCAUUAGAAUAAAGUAAUUAAAUGGUAACCUUCAUUUUUUUAUUCUUGGUCCUUAUUUUUGCUGUUAAAACCCUCAUUAGAAAUGUUCAUGCUGUUGCUGCUCCUUCAGACCAAGUUUGGGAAACAAAAGCGAACAUAAAAACAGCUGGCACGGGUGGGAACGAGCGCCCAGCAUCUGGUUUGGUGCUUAAAAGGAGCUUUUGUGACGCCUGAACACGCGGGUUUCAGGCUGACCUGCAGGCAGCGCACACUUGACGAUAGGGUGUGAUCUCAUCAUGCUGCUCCUUACAUGAACAAUACGCUACAAAUAUUCCACAGUUUCAACCUUUUAUGCCUCAAAAUCUCAAAAAUGUGCAGAGAAACACUCAGAUUAAAAAUGUCCUCACUUGGAAUAAACCUUUGUGUUGUUUUAAUCCCAGAUUGGGGAUGUCUCACACAUCAUAAAAAGAAGUCACAGCCGCUCUCUUUCUCACUUCACGUUUGUUCCCACGAGCAGAACAAGCGUUUCCCAUGGUCUCACUUCACCACAGCAUCUUCAGAAAGGGCUGAAAGGGAUCCGCACAAAAGUUAAACAAUGAAUAAAUGGUGUUCUGUUUGUCAUUUGACUUCAAUAUGAUGAACAAAGUUCUGAUUUUUUUCCGAAAAUUGUUUUAAUUUGAAACCCAUGAAAAAAUCCUGCAAAAAUAGCUAAAAUGCUGACAAAAGGUUACUUUAAGCACUAAAAGUAAUUUAGAAAACAAAAUUAAUUCACUUAAUUGGUGCUUAAAUUUUUGUCUAACUUACCCAAAAAAUUGACAUCCUAAAUUAAAAGUAUUUGGGUAUAGUAUAAAACUAAAUACAAGUAUAUAAAAAAACUAAAUAAAGAAGAAAAAAUGUAGCAAUAAUAGAUAUUUACCUAUUUUGUCAACAUUUAUUUUAAAUGGUGAAAUGAAAGAGUCAAAUGUUCUUUUUAACAUUAUGAAUAGAUUUGAAAAUACUAAAAACUGUUUAAUUAUUAUCAUAAAAUAGAUUUUUAAGAAUCACAAAUAUCACAAAAAAAUCCAACAGUUUUUACAUCAUAAACAUUGAAAUUUCUAAAGAAUAUUUGUAAGCAAAAAACAAAAUAAUCACCAAGGAAAAAUAAAAUAAUAUAGUUGUUCAUUUUAAUGCACUACUAUUCACAUUUUGACAUUCUUUGAAACAGAAAACUUCUCCCAGUUUCCCAGUGACGUCACCAAGCUGUCAGCCAAUCAGAGAGGGGGAUCUGCUCCCCUAUAAGCCCCUCACAGGGGCAGAAGCUGCUCCUUUGCAGAGACUUUUGGGUCACACCAGGAGGAGAAAUGACCAGGAGGCAGCAAACCACGGAGGAUGGCAGGAGCAGGAAACGGAUUCUGAAGCCAGUUGUGGAGAAGAAGCGAAGAGAUCGUAUAAAUCAAAGUCUCGCUGAACUGAGAAGUUUGCUGUUGAAUUUCACGUCCGAUCCUCGGCUGCAGAAUCCUAAGCUAGAGAAGGCAGAGAUUCUGGACUUGGCUGUGGAGUACCUUAAGAAGUGGACAGAUAGAAAGAACACAAGAGAUGCAGAGUCCAGUGCUCCUCCUCUCCUCAGCACUGAAACUGCAGGUAUCCAGCAGUCAGUGUCCCAGCUGACCAGCUUCAUGCGCAAGAUGACCCCCCCACAGAGGACGCGCCUCAUCGAGACGCUGAGGCAUCACGCCGACAGUCUGCAGACACGACCAGACCACCCCGACACCGCCGAAUCCCUCUGCAAAUGGGACAAUUCCUCCUUCCAGCCUCCGUCCUGCUCCCCGCCAUGCCACGACUAUCUGUCCCCCCCUACCUCCCCCUGGUUCCCCCACUCCUUCCCCACGUUCCCGUCCUUUGCCUGUUGCUUCCCCUCUCCCCCUAACCUGUCACCUCCGUCCUCCAACACCUUCAGUUUCUCGCCCGCGUUUCCUCACACCAGCCCUCUUGGCCUCCACGUCCCACUUCUCACAUCGCUUAGACACCCCCCCAGCCUCCCACACAGGGAGGAGCCCGCGCCAAAAUGUUCGAACAUGUGGAGGCCCUGGUUCUGAGGCGACAGCGGCGGCAGAGACACCCAGUGGAAAUAAGCUACAAGAGUGGAGAGGAGUGAC